ACUACUCCAUGCAUUCUUUACUCAUAAAUCAAGUUAAAAAAUAACUAAAAUAUAGACAAAUUAUAAUCAAUUUUCACAAAAAAACUCACACAUUUUCUUGUUUAGUAUCAUAUCCAAAUAUCUGAAUAACAAUGAUAAAAAAAAUCCGAAUAACAAUUACCGGACUAUUAUGCCAUCCGAUAGGGGUGUUCAAACGGAUUGGUUACCGUGGUAACCAUAUUAACCGGUAGCAUUCGGUUAAUUUGGUUUGAUUAAUUUGGAUAAUUGGUUUGUUUUGGUUAAACAAUUUAGCUUAUUUGGUUUAGGUGGUUUGGUUUGGUUUCAACACUGCUAACCAAUGAAACCAAUUAACCAAUUAAUGAUACACAUAAUAUCCAAAAUUAUUUAUACUUCCAUGCAACCAACCAAACCAAACUUUUGUGAUUCCAUGCAACCAACAAAACAUUUUGGAAAACUACUAGACUUUAGGAUUACGUACAAUACCAUGAUAGCCACUUCAAACUAUGUAUAGUUUAAGAGUUUUAUAGAAGAGCUUUAAAUUCCUAAUGAGAGGUAUUGUAUGUAUUUAUGUUAAGGGGUUUGUUGUAAGCUAACUAUAUUAGCUGCAGAGAUGAUUAAUGAUGUAUUAACUCGAAUGAUGAUGAUAAUCAUGGAUGGUUAGUUAUUGCUUAUAUAUAAUGAUAGUUUAUGAUAGUACAACAUAUGGUUAUGUUUUAUUCAUUAACAUGAUAAUUAUUUUUAUGUAAUGUAAUGUUAUUUGGUUAAUUCGAUUAUCCGAUUAACCAAACCAAUUAAACUUUGGUUUGAUUAAUUUGGUUUUCUUGUUAAUUUGGACGGUUUGGUUAAAACAUUUUAUUCCAUAAUAAAUGAAAUUUAAGCUUAAUUGGUUUGAUUAUUAACACGAUAAUCAUUUGAACACCCCUAUUAUCCAUCCGAGAUGAAUGAUUGUACCAAUACACCAACUUUUCAUUCAUCUCAGACGUUACUAUUUCAGCUAUUUCGGGGUGGUCUGAAAAACGGUUUCACCCAUUUUCCUUUUUCUCUCCCACCUGAGAGAGUAAAGAACCCGCUCGCCCUUGCAGCUCAUCGGAAAGGAAGAGAAAUGAAGAAGACAAUCACCAGAUAAUCUACUCAACCCGCGCGAAAAUGCAACAAAACGAAUUCCACUCAAAACUGGAUUAGACUUCAGACCAUAGCGAUUCUCCAGUGCAGCAGCGCCUACUCUCAAUCUCUUUCCUUCACCUGAUCUCUCAUCCAUUCCUUCCAACACAGGUAAAAUUCCGAUUCCGCUUCUGAAUUCCCUAUCGGUUUCUUCAUUUUUUUAUCCUACCGAAGCAAUCCUUUGAAUCGUAAUUUCCAGUUCGUGUUCAGAUCGGGGAGAUUCGGUUGAUGAGCUUUGAAAUGGGGUUCGUGGAGAAUCCGGUGCUAGCAAAGUCGACGAACGUGGUCUCCUCGCCGUCGAGCGGCGGCAAGGCUCAUCCGGAGGGGAAACCGGUGGAAUCAGGGAAGAGUAAGUACAAGCGGCGUAAGGUCUCAGCGAUUCGGCAUUGGCCGCCUAAUUGUGGGCCGCAGUUUCGCUCAGCAGUACCACCACCAGGUAACUCGGUUGAGAUCGAGUCUCAUGGUGGAACGGACUCUAGUAGCAAUGGUGGAUUGGAUUCGAAGCGGGAGGAUGAAGUGGAAGUCUUGAAUGGCGUUGCUGUUGUGGAUGAUUCUGUAGAAUUGGAGAAGACCGAUGUCAAAGUUGGAAAUGAGGGUUUCGUUGAUCAGAGCGAUGAUGCUCUUGAGCAGAAGGAAGAUAAUGUGAAGCCUGCGGUGGUAGGUCCAAAGUAUCCACCGAGGAGGAAGGUUUCGUGUGUUAGACACUUCCCUCCGAAUUGUGGAAGAAAUGCUCAGCCUCCUAGCAAGGUAGAAGGAGACACCGUGGAUGAAACUGAAGAGGAAAAUCGUAUGCCAUUGUCAGAGAAGGUGAGAAGAGAAGCUGAAGGGGUUAAGGAUGUUUAUAUGGAUGGUGGAGCUCUAAGUGGGAGAAGGUUCAGCAGCAAUAUCCCAGAGCGGGUCAAGAUUGAAACCAAGGGGAAACAGUUUAGUGGGAAUGGGAUUACCAAGAAUCCGAAAGCGGUUCCUCCCCAAAAGUACAGCUCAGUCUCUGAGAAGAUGAUGUCCAAGGGUAAAGGAGCACCUAGCUCUAGUAACUCGCGUGUUGAUGAAAGUUAUCGUAAAAAGGAAGUUGUAUCGAGAGAGAGUAAGAAAUCAGAUUCUUUGGCAAAGGAGGAUGACCAGGAACAAGAACUUGAUGAUGUUGACAAUGGUGAUGAUUAUGAAUUUGCGAGGAGGGGGACCGGUAAGAGUGUGAGCUUAACUUCUGCUGGGCCUGGAACUUCAACAGAGUUAGAUAAGGACAGAAAGAAAGUGAAGGAAGUACUAGAUACUUUCCACUUCCUAUGCAGGAAGUUGUUACAUGAUGAGGGAUCAAAGCCCAAAGGUGGUAAUGCCAAAAGAGUUGAUUUUCUCGCCUCAAAAGAGCUUAAAUCCAGAGGAAUGUGCCUCAAUGUCGGGAAGCAUAUCAUUGGAGCUGUCCCGGGAGUCGAGAUUGGUGACAAGUUCCAGUACAGGCUGGAGCUCAACGUCAUCGGCCUUCAUCGCCCGACUCAAGGCGGGAUCGAUUAUACGAAGCAUAAUCAGGGUAUCAUAGCAACAAGCAUCGUGGCGUCGGGUGGAUAUGAUGAUAAUGUGGAUAACUCGGACGUGCUCGAGUAUACAGGUCAGGGAGGGAACUCAACUAAAGAGAAGGAAGCUGAAGAUCAGAAGCUUGAGAGAGGUAAUCUUGCUUUGAAGACUAGCAUUACAGUGAAGAAUCCCGUGAGAGUGAUUCGUGGGACUAACAGUACAAAUGUUGAUGCCAGAGGUAGGAUUUAUGUCUAUGAUGGUUUGUAUACCGUGGAGGAGUAUUGGCAGGAGACAGGACCUAACGGUAAGCUCGUGUUCAAGUUCCGGCUGGUUCGAAUGCCAGGUCAGCAAGAGCUUGCUUGGAAAAAGGGGAAGAACUCCAUUAAGAGCUCUAGCUCUAGAGGGUUUGUUCAUGAUUGAGCAUUCAGGGAGGGAUUCCACAGCCAGCUGAAGGUACUAACUUCCAGUCUUGGAUAUUUCGGGUUCUAGUAGUUCCCUAUAUGUGAAUGUAUGUUGGGGAGUACUUUUGAAGAUAGCAAGGUGCAGUGAAGAAUCUUCGAGGCGCGCGCGAUGAAGGCCUUGGAGUUUGAAUAAGUGGCAAUGUACAGUCAAGUUGUUGCAGGAUGGGGUAUUCAUCAAUUUUGCUGCUGCCAAGGCAUGGCAAUGUACUAGGGAGUUCAGUGAUGGCAGGCAUUAUGGAAGAAUGUGACUGGGAAUUCAAGAAACGAAUCAUGGUUUAUGAAAGCUUGGUUCGUCUGUGCACUUGUAGCAACAUACUGAGUAGAAGAGAUAUACUGCAUAAAAGUUUGGUUAUCUUUUGGAAAUGUAGAGAGAGAGAGAGAGAGAGAAUGGGAGAGGGAUAAAGAUGAAAGAGCCAUUUCCGCCCUGUUCAAGGAGGCUUUUGCCGUAUACUGUCCUCAUACGUGUGUGUGAAGUAGGGGUGAACAAGACUGAUCUGGGUGGAAGAUAGAGUAUCACAACUAGUUAAGAAUUCUAUUUAUUUUGAUUUAGUUCAAUCCCUUUAUUUCCUUACUUUUAAGGGAUUUAUCCACCAAAGACACCGAUGCUUCUUCCAUCCAAUAUUUAUUUGCAACUUGCAAGGAUCAGUAGUCAUGGGAAACGGUGCGCACCAAAACCAGACCAUAGACACUCUCUGUGGUUUAGACUGAAAAGAUGGGCACAGACCAUGUACUAUACGGUUCAGACUAUAUCUGUGCGGUGUAGUUCGGUACGAUUUGGACCAUACACACCAUAUUAAAAGCUCACUCUUAUUCCGUUCUCCAACUCUUGGUCGAUAUCUAUAAAAAUAAGAAUUUUAGCGACCAAUAUGCUAGUGAAACAAAAAUUAAUGAUCCUAAUUAAAAUGAGAAGAAAUAUAUGAGGAAAGAAGCAGGCUUUUUUCAAUUUUCCAACUCUCUCCCGUCUCCACGACUCUAUCCACUAUCCAUUAAAAAAAAUACACAUCACAUAGCCUUGUUUCCCUCUUCCUUUUUGUGCUACCACUUCUCUCCCUCACUCGGGUGAUCCAAAGAUUUUUGCGGUCGAUCACCUACGUGAUAACGUCGAGGUCAUUUUGAACCACUAAAAUGGUCGCUUAUCUUUUAAUAAUUUUCCUUAACUUAUCAAGGUAAAUGAAUUUUUUUAGUCUUUAUGUUUUAUCGACUCCAAAGUCUAGACAUUGUAGGUGAAUAUUAUUUAUGAAUCUUUCUGGUUUUUGUGUGGUUCUUUGAUAAGGAGAUAACAUAUAAGCGAUCAUUUAGGAAAUCUAUUGGCUCUCAACUGGAUGAAAGAAUCAACUUUGUUCUUCAAAUAUGUAGAUGGAAGUUUAAUUUAGUAUUAUUUUGGUAGGAGUUAGUAGAAAGUUUGUCAUGGUUUGUUAGGGUUUACUGUGGUAGACCGCGGUCCAAACCACACCCUAAAUGAGGAGACCGCAAACCAGACCAGACCAUAGUUCUGGUGUCGCCGUCCAGACCAUAGUUCUAGUCUCGCAGUCCAAAACAAACCAUAUGAUACAGUCUAGACCGCGGUUUCCCACACGGUUUGGUCUAGACUCCCACCCCUAAAUCAUGGUCUGACAUUCUAGUCGGUUUGCUCAUUCAUUCAUUGAAGCCACGCCCGUCCCAUAUUCAUGCGGAGUAGGUUUUGCAUCCUCAUACAUUAUACUUGUGGUUUUCAGAUACACAUGGAUAAUACAGGUCUCAUACAUCCAACAUUAUUAUAUCUAAAAUUUAAUGUGUAGAUCUUAAAUUAUAACACUGAACGGACCUAAUAAAUCAUGCAAACUGCAAAGGUAUAACCAUUUUAAUACGAAUUCAGACCACUCAAUUCUAAAACAUCCAUUAAUCCAUAAGAAAAUGUACAAUAGUAU